AUGGAUGAAAUGAAGCUUAAAGAAUAUGUUGACAAUGCUUUACGCAAAGCUAUCAAAUUAUGGGAGGAUGUCAUUAAUGUUCGAUUCAUUGAAUUACCUCAUACAAAAGCAAAUAUUGAGGUAAUAUUUACGACAUUUUAUCAUGGUGAUGAAUAUCCAUUUGAUGGAAAAGGAAAUGAAUUAGCACAUACAUUUUAUCCAAAUGAUAUCAUAUGGCAUGGACAAAUUCAUAUUGAUGAUAGUGAACCAUGGGGUCCAAGUGGCAGAAACUUAAAUUGGGUGAUGGCACAUGAAGUAGGCCAUGCAUUAGGCCUUGUACAUAUAAACGAUGAUGAAUCAUUGAUGACAUCACAUUAUCAAGGCUUCCAACAAACGAUACCAAAAUUGCAUCCUUGCGAUAUUAUUGCGAUACAGUCAUUGUAUGGUUGGUUCGUUCUGUAA